AUGUCGCGCCUCAAACUGGAAUGCGUCAAACGCGACUGCGCCCACCUAUGUACGAAAGAUGAGCGUCAACCGAGAGCCAAGCGAACCAAGACCCAACAUACAGAGCAGAGCCCUAGCCAAGCGUCACCAGAAGAAGAUGCACCAGAGGUCGAGGAAACAGCGCAGAUCUUGGAGCAAUUCGUGGAUGUCGUUCCACUCCCCACAUCGGGUGUGGCCCCUGACUUCGCCAAUCGAUACUGGGAAAGCCAAGAUCCGCAGCGGGAAAACCAAAAGCUUGGCUUCAUUCGAGAUUUGGUUCAAGCUCUGCCAGAGUGGGAUAUUGUUCAACUCCUCUACGAGGUUUUUGUUACACGUUGUCAAGGUCCGCUGGGAAAUGUGGUGCACACGCCAAGCUUCAUGAAGCAAGCCGAUCAAUUGCGCCACUGCCUGAGUAUGGCUUCCCCCGACACAGCCAUCGCCAGUACACUGUCAAUGGACGCGCUUGCUGGUUUGCUUCUUGCGCUCGUGCUCGGACUCGCCUUUCAUCCAACCCCGUCCCUCCUGGGGGUACAGCUCACCCCUUUGACUUUCCGUGUAGAACAAUUGCGCGCCUCCGAUGAGCCUGCAGCGACAUGGCGGUCCCUUGGCGUACGGUGUCUGCAAGGUGGCAUUUCCCUCUUUUGCGGCUCUAUCUCCAGCUUGCAGGCAGCCAUCAUGCUUCUUUUGGAUACAAAAGAGACCUCUUUGGAGCUUGAUGCUGUGUUGGUCACCGCUAUUGCGGGCGCGCGCAAACUUGGAUUGCACCGCUUGGGCAAUGCCAGUUUGGACGUCUCACCUUCCUUAAACUACGGAUCUGCGACCGCUGACCCCCCUCAAAUUCGCACCGAGGUUGCGAUUCGCAUUUGGUGGACUCUUGUCAUGCGAGACUGGUCGCGCGGACAAGCUCUGGGCUACUAUACCAUCCGCCCCUCACAAUAUAAUACCCGCAUGCCGUUUCACAUCAAUGACGACGAUCUGCUCAGGACACAUGGCAAGAUUCCUGAGCGCCCUCGGUCUGAAUUUACCAUGCUCUCCUAUACGAUACACGCGUUGGAACUGUCCAUCAUUGUGCGAGAGUCAAUUGAUCUUGGGGACGUCGCAAACGAAGCUUCUCAGCGACGUCAGCAUCUAAAUCAAAAAUACGAAAAAUACGUGGCAAGCUUGCCGUCCUACUUUAGAUUGGGAAGCACUGUCGGACUUACAGCCAUGGGUCCCAUGGCCGCCAUCCCGGUCCAGCGAUUCAUGUUACAUCAACAGUUGUGGAGUUUACUCCUUCGCCUCCACCGAGCGACUCUCUCCACUCCCAUGGGCCGGGCAUCCUGCCAGCAGCUGGCUCAUAACAUUAUCAAUACGCAAGCCCAAAUUCAAGCUCGCUGCACAGUCUGUGGCUCAUUGUCCACGAACGAAACGCAACUGUUCAAUGCGACCGUGGUUCUAGUCUUGGGUCUGCUAUUUGAUUCCCCUUCGACUGAGGCUGAGCGCUCGAGUGCCCAACUUAGUCGGCUCAUGACGCGAGACCACAUCCGAGAAGCCAUUGAAUUGCUGCGUACCAAAACCUCACCUGACACAUGCUCUGGCGAUGUUACGCCCAAGGACCCGCUCCAUGGCUCGGCAUCGCGUAGUGUUGUGGCCCUUGAGGCACUGAUGAAGUUGGAAGAAAAUUCAGGUGAUGAUAUUAAGUACAAUACGGCAUCGAACCAGAAGCUUCCCCUCCGCCACCAGGUAGGAGAGAUCCUGAAGAACCUGAAUACCCAAAAUACGCCAACAGACUCACCCGCUCCGGGACUAUUGACGUCGACUCCUGGUGACACCUCGUUGACCCUAUCAAUGCCUGUCGCAGACGGUUUCCCCGAUCUAGAUGUAAUGCCCAUUCUUUCCAAUGGCCUGAGUCCGAAUAUGUGGGAUUUUUUGGACUUCCAGAUACCGGAAGAUGUAGUAAAAGAGAAGUCGCCUAUGGCCGGAGAUAUUUACGGGGCUUUGGGCUUUACCAACGCAUUGUACCCAAGUCAGAGCAGUAGUCUUUCGGGGACGCGCUUGACACAUGAAUCUCCCUCCUCUCUGGGGAGUGGGAGUGAGCCUACUUUGAACCCUGCGACGACGCCUUCGAGCGCUGAUGCUUUCGCAGCUGCGAACUUCUUCGAUGCUAUGGGAAAUGAUGGGCUUCCUUCCUGGUGA